CCCCGACAGCCAGCUAAAGGUUUUGUCCUUUGGAAUGUUGUUAUAAGAAUCUGCAGUGUUAUCUGAAAUGAUAUCUACAAAGCGAUAACUGAAGACAAAUCAAACAUAUUGCUGAUGCAGACGGCGGUGCCUUGAAAAGUGAAGUCAUAGUAAGGAAUCUUCUGUGUUUUGCUUUUACAAUCAAAUAAUUUAGAACCAAAAACAUUUUGACUUUGAAUAUAAUUACAUAACAUACAUUUGUGUUUACUUUGUUCAGAUCUUGUUCUUUGGUGAAAUCUGUCAGAUUUGUACUUAAUUGCAGAAAUUCUGUAACAUUUCCCGGUUUGAUAUGUCUCUCCGUGGUUGAUACCGACUGGAGUCCUCCGCCGUCUUGUUGGCAAUCAGCAAUGACAUCUUGAUUUACAAUCAUUUGACCACAUCCAGUCUCAUUAAGUUCAUCACCUUUAGCUUCCAGCUGUGGGUAUUGAUCUCCGGCCUCAGCAGUGACGUAGGUAUCGAGGAGUUUGAUCUCUUCAAAGUAUGGAACAUUUCACUGUCCAUCCCUCAAUCAUAUCGCCCACUCUAAGGAGAUGAGAAAUCCCCGGAGGAGGACCCAUGGUUCCACCUCUUCCAAAUCAAUGGCUGACAAGUGGUCCCACCAGUCUGAAUGAAUCCUCAGGACGCGAGAGGGGAGGGAGGGCUGCACACAGAUGAUUUAAAACCAGAUUUAAGACCAGACCCAAAUAGAGGUGUCAUCGUCCACCAAGUCUCAAGAAGCAGCCACCUGAGUCAGCCAGAACAUGAAGGACAGCGGGUGUCGAGCGGCCUGCACCCUCCUCCUGAUAAUGUCCUCCUCGGUUAUCCCUCCCUCUGGGUCUCUGCCACAGAGCCAUUUUCAGAGAAGGAACUGGACCCCACAGGCCAUGCUGUACCUAAAAGGAGCACAAGGUCGGCGAUUCAUUUCCGAUGAGACUCAGAGGAAGGAUCUCUUUGACAGACUCCAGCUGGAGACCCGCAGUCGGAAUACCAGUCCCAUCACCAUAUCGGAGGCGGCAGCCAUGUUUCUGAGCUCUCUGCAGAAGGCCCAGGAGGAAGGUAGAUACUUUCUUCUAAAGAAACUACACAUCUGAAGAUGCGGUGGACCAGGCUGGGUAUUUACCGGAGUCACUGUUCAGUUGGUGAAAUUGCUGCAAGGAGCCCUGAAGCCCGCUGACUACACUGCUUCGCUAUGUGAAACCACACCCCCUUCAGCACCCGCUGUAACCACGUGCCCCCCAGCGGGCACCUACCCAGCUCUAAUUACUCACCUGCAAACUCUCUGCCUUGUACAGAAUAUUUCAUUUCAGACCUUCUGAUUUUCCUUCUCUUUGUUUUAACAAUCAUUAAACUCUCCAGCCAAGAAGUGAUUGUAAAAUAUAGAAAAUGUAUUUUAUAUCAGCAGAAAUGUGAGAAUAAAUUUCAUCUCAGCUGUUUGUUUA